AUGCUGUUUGACCUUCGGGAUACACAGCAAUGGAGAGAGGUUAAUGUCAAGUCCGUUUACAAGGAUCUCAAAGGGAAGGUAUCCUCUUACGGUGGCGUCGUGUUGGUCGCCGACCAAAAGUCUACGCGGGCCACCAGAAGUAAGACGUCGGAGCCCGUGUCUGGAAUUCUGUAUCACCGCCUUGAGCCAGCAAGUCUUUCCUCAGAUACACAGGCAUAUUGGAUGAAGGAAAUCACUGUCAUAGCGACAACCAAGACGACUACAUGGGAGUCUUCACAACGCUCUUAUUCGGGAACUGAUGAGAAUGAAUUCAUAGAGUGUAUGUACCAAGAGAGGUGGGAUCAGGUCGAUACGCAAGGCUUCUUCUGGGGCCAAUUAUGCUUUUUUAAUCCGUUGGAUGCCCACUGUUACAUCGACGAUUAUCGGGGAAUAACAAAUCGAUCUAGCCCAUCAACACCGGUCUUUAGAAUUCAAGACAACAUUUUCGUGAGACGGAUCGAUCCCAGAUGCCGAUUACUUGCAGAACCAGUCUUCUGGUGGUUGACAACCUUCUGUAACCUCGUCAUUGCGGCCUGUCUCAGCUCAAUGGCCUGGUUCUACAGAUCAGCACCACUGGUCACCAUCGGAGACCCGAUCGACUCGUUCAUAACCGAGCCUACGUCUCCAGACUCAAAGACAAUUCCGAUAUCAAGCUGCACUUACCACCACACAUCGUUCACAAACAUCUUCCGGCCAGCACUUCCGCCGCGGGCAUACAACCCCAAAGCAACGCCCUUGUGGAAAUCAGUUUCCUUGACACGCUGGUCUCUAACCAUGGCCUGGUUCCUCUAUAUAGUCUCCCAGUGUAUCCUCCUCUUCAGUAAAGCUCUGAGCGCCGAAAACACAUCAGCUCAACGCCUCAAGUCCUUUUUCACCUUCAACCUCAACUCUCUGGACUCCGACCACCUCCUCUACCACAGCGACGGCAGCGACAUGGACAUAUUACCCCGCCGCUGGUGUUUCGUCCUGCUCGCCAAUACGCCACAAAUCUUUCUCUCACUGACUUACCUUUUCUUCAACAACAUCUUGACCAAGAUGACGCUACGUACCUCCCAACCCCGCGGCUCCCAACGCUCCACCUUCUUCCUCAGCCUCCCCUACCGCUACGCCCUCCCCUUCGUCGUCGUUUCUGGUGUUAUGCACUGGCUCAUCAGCCAGUGCCUGUACUUCACCGAAGUGGAUUUCAUCGAUUUGGACGGAACCACGUUGGACAAGUCAAAUCCAACAACUACCACGCUCGGGUACUCGACCUGGGCCAUGUUUUGGGUGAUCGUGCUGGGGACGCUUUCGUGGGUGGCGAUUUUGGGGUCGGCGGUUUUUGGGAAGUAUCCGGCUGGUAUGCCGAUUAUGGGGAGUUGUUCGGCGGUUAUUGCUGCUGCUUGUCAUGCUCCGCUGAGAGGGAGAGGAAGACGAGGCAGAGCGGGUGGUGAUGGGGAUGGGAUGGAAGAUGGAGGUGAGGAGGAAGGAGAUACCUCGACGGAUAUCGCGGCGGGCCCGCUGUCGUGGGGAGUGAUCAAGCAGGUUGUUGUCAGAGACGGAGUGGAGGUUGAGGAGAAGUGGCUGGGGUUUACGAGGGGAGAGGCAGAGGAGCCUGUUUUUGGGGAGGUUUAUGGAUAG